AUGCAUUUCUUUAAGACCCUCGGCUUCUUGGCAACCAUAGCCUCAACCAUCUCAGCCCUGCCCCAGGGCCUCCAACCCACUGUCACAAAGGUCGUGACUCUCUCUCCAAUCGCCACCACGGCUACUUCUACUUCUACCUCUUCCGCCCCUUCCACCUCUGCUCCCGCCACUGCAACCUCCACAGCCAGCGGCAAGGGCAUUGAAAUCGUCAACAACUUGAGCGAAACGGUCUACAUCUGGUCUACCUCCAACACAGCCAGCGAAAUGAAGACCGUCGCCUCAGGUGACUCCUACGCCGAGACCUGGCGCACCAACUCCGACGGAGGCGGUAUCUCCAUUAAGAUGUCCACCAGCACUAGCGAGGAGAGCGUCCUCCAAUUCGAGUACACCAAGGGUGACGAGACUCUGUGGUGGGACCUUUCUUCCAUCAACUUGGACUCCGACUCGACUUUCAUUACUGCUGGAUUUGGCGUUACUACUGAUGACUCCAGUUGUUCGAAUGCCACUUGUGCUGCUGGGGAUACUGAUUGCGCGGAGUCGUAUCAGAAGUCGGAUGAUGUGGAUACCCUUAGUUGCUCGUCUAGUGCUGCGUUCACUAUGACCCUGGGUUGA